AAACGUUUCAGUUUCGAGUCGGACGUAGACCGCCAUUGUUCAGGGGAAGCAUCGUACACUUGUUUCCGAAAAUAUCUGUUUUUUUUUUCUCAUUCUGUUGGCAUUGUAUUGUUUUUGUUGAUAUCCACCGUACUUUCCCAUUCCUACGGGUGAGAUUGCUGCUGACAUGGAUACUUUAGGAUCAGACUCGCAAGCCACCAUCCGGCUGGUGAAACGGGUUCAAUUUGGCAUUUUGAGCCCAGAUGAAAUCCGAAGGAUGUCUGUUACAGAUGGCGGCGUAGUUUUUCCAGAAUAUGAAAGAAAGCCCAAAUAUUUGGGUGGGCUCACAGAUCCCAGACUAGGAGUAAUUGAUCAGUCAGGAAGGUGUGUAACUUGUAAGGGAACACGGAAAGAAUGCCCAGGACAUUUUGGUCAUAUCGAUCUUGCUAAACCAGUCUUUCAUAUUGGGUUUCUUAUGAAGACAAUAAAAAUCUUACACUGCGUGUGUUUCUACUGCUCAAAACUACUGGUGAGCCCCAACAAUCCAAGAAUCCAGAAGAUUUUGGUGAACUCCGAAGGGCAACCUCGAAAACGUUUGGCCCAUGUAUAUGAUCUCUGCAAAGGCAUAAACAUCUGCAAAAUUUAUAUUGGAGAAGACGAGGACAAAUCAGAAGAAGAAAAAACAUGUCAUGUUGGAUGUGGUCGGUAUCAGCCUAUAAUUCGUCGUCAAGGAUUGGGGAUGAUUGGCGUGUGGAAACACGUCAAUGAAGACUCUCAAGAAAAGAAAAUAGUUUUGACAGCUGAACGUGUUUGGGAGAUUUUCAAACACAUUUCUGACGAAGAGUGUGCAAUCCUCGGUAUGGAUCCUACAUGCGCUCGUCCAGAUUGGAUGAUCGUCACUUGCUUGCCUGUACCCCCACUUGCUGUUCGACCUGCAGUUGAGAAUGGGGCAACCCAAGAAGACAUUACACUUAAAUUGGCCGAUGUGAUAAAAACAAACAAUGAGCUGCAAAGCAACGUGCAAUCUGGUGCUGCGGCCCACAUCAUUGCCGAAAAUAUAAGAAUGCUUCAGAAUCAUGUUGCCACAAUGAUGAAGAAUGACGUCCUUGAAGGCCUUCCGGUUGCAAAGUUGAAAUCGGGACUUCCGAUCGUGUCAUUCAAACAACGUUUGGAAGGGAGAUACGGGCGUAUUCGAAGUAACUUGAUGGGAAAGCGUGUAAACUUUUCGGCUCGUACAGUAAUUACGCCUGAUCCCAAUCUGCGUAUCGACCAAGUCGGCGUGCCACCAAGUAUCGCACAAAAAAUUACCUUCCCUGAAUUCGUGACGUCUUUCAACAUCGACGAGAUGCGAGAAUUGGUCCAGCGAGGUGACUGGCAGCAUCCUGGAGCCAAGUACAUAAUUAAAAAAAACGGCAGACGUAUAGGUCCGAGAUUUCGCCCCAAGCACGUUCGUGGUCUGGAAUGUGGUGAUAGGAUAGAACGUCAUAUUCGGGAUGACGAUCUUGUCGUUCUUAAUCGGCAACCGUCGUUGCGAAAAGAAUCUAUGAUGGGACAUCGUGUUAAAGUGCUCCCCUUUUCGACGUUUCGUAUGAAUCCUAGCGUUGCUGCCGCCUACGACGCCUAUUUUGAUGGUGACGAAAUGAACAUGCAUGUUCCUCAAAGUAUGGAGACGCGUGCUGAAACUGAAAACCUUCUCCUCACUUCACGCCAAAUCAUCACACCCCAGGCCAAUAAACCUGUUAUGGGAAUCGUCCAAGACGCACUUCUAGGUGCGAGUAAGAUGACGAAGCGCGACGUGUUCCUCGAGAAAGACCAGAUGAUGAAUUUACUCAUGUUUCUCCCCACUUGGAAUGGCAAGAUGCCUCAGCCAGCCAUUCUCAAACCGAGACCUCAGUGGACAGGCAAGCAGUUGUUCACUCUCAUCAUCCCUGGAAACGUCAACAUGAUGCGAACGCAUUCUACCCAUCCUGAUGAUGAAGACGAAGGGCCCUACAAGUGGAUCUCUCCUGGUGACACCAAAGUCAUGGUCGAAAAUGGCGAGUUGGUCAUGGGCAUUCUAUGUAAAAAGACGCUCGGUGACUCUGCCGCCUCUCUGCUGCACAUUAUUUUCAUGGAAUUGGGUCACGAAGUAUGCGGUCGAUUCUACGGCAACAUUCAAACGGUCAUCAACAACUGGUUGCUGUACGAGGGUCACAGCAUCGGCAUUGCAGACACGUUAAUAGCUUAUCAUCAAACGUAUAUGGAAAUUCAGGCUACCAUCCAAAAGGCUAAAGAAGACGUGAUAGAGGUCAUUCAAAAGUCUCACAAUGAUGAGCUUGAACCCACACCUGGUAACACUCUACGAGAGACUUUCGAAAAUCAAGUAAACCGUAUUCUAAUCGACACCCGAGACGAAACUGGUGCUUCAGCUAAGAACUCUCUGACAGAGUACAAUAACCUCAAGGCUAUGGUGGAAGCUGGUUCCGGAGGAUCUUAUUUCAACAUCUCUCGGGUCAUUGCCUGCGUCGGUCAGCAGAACGUCGAGGGUAAACGAAUUCCCUUUGGAUUCCGCAAGAGGACUUUGCCCCACUUCAUCAAAGACGAUUCCGGUCCCGAAUCUAGAGGUUUCGUCGAAAAUUCAUACGUGUCAGGUUUGACACCUUCCGAGUUUUACUUCCACGCUAUGGCUGGUCGUGAACGUCUCAUCGAUACAUCCGUCAAUUCUGGUUACAUUCAGCGACGUCUCAUCAAAGCUAUGGAGUCUGUGAUGGUCCACUACGACGGAACGGUACGGAACUCUGCCGGCCAGCUUCUUCAGCUUUCCUAUGGAGAAGACGGGCUUUCUGGCGAAUCCGUCGAAUUUCAGACAUUGCCAACCGUAAAGCUUUCGAAUACAGAAUUCGAAAAGAAUUUCAAGUUUGAACCAAGCAACGAGCCCUAUGUUCGACGCAUGUUUAAUGAAGAAAUCACGCGUGAAUUGACCAGUAGCGCGGAAGUCAUCACCGAAAUCGAACACGAAUGGGAGCAGUUAUACAAAGAUCGCGAGGCUCUACGUCAAAUUUUCCCUACCGGCGAGAACAAAGUGGUGUUGCCUUGUAACCUGCAGCGCAUGAUUUGGAACGUCCAGAAGAAGUUCCGCAUCAACAAACGAGCACCGACAGAUUUGAGUCCACUUCGUGUUAUCCAAGGCGUUAGAGACCUGCUAGCCAAAUGCGUCAUCGUCGUUGGCGAAGACAAAUUGAGCAUCCAAGCCAAUCAGAACGCCACGCUCUUGUUCCAGUGCCUAGUUCGCUCUACAUUGUGUUCCAAGCGACUAGCUGAAGAAUAUCGUCUUUCAUCGGAAGCCUUUGAAUGGCUCAUCGGCGAGAUCGAAACCCGUUUCCGGCAAGCGCAAGCUCAACCUGGUGAAAUGGUGGGAGCACUCGCAGCCCAGUCUAUCGGUGAACCUGCCACUCAAAUGACGCUCAACACUUUCCAUUUUGCUGGUGUGUCAUCCAAGAACGCAACACUCGGUGUCGCCCGUCUUAAUGAAAUUAUCAACAUCAGUAAGAAUCCGAAAGCCCCGUCUAUGACGGUCUUCUUGACGGGAGCAGCAGCACGUGAUGCCGAAAAAGCUAAAAUUGUUUUGUGUCGGCUUGAGCACACGACGUUGCGAAUGGUAAAGGCGAACACAGCCAUCUACUACGACCCAGAUCCUCGAAACACGGUCAUCCUGGAAGAUCAGGAAUUCGUCAAUGUCUACUACGAAAUGCCCGAUUUUGAUCCUAAUCAACUCUCGCCUUGGUUGUUGCGUAUCGAACUUGAUCGAAAGCGUAUGACGGACAAGCGGUUGACCAUGAAGCAGAUUGCUGAAAAAGUCAAUGCCGAGUUCGGCAACUCUCUCAAACUAAUCUUCAGCGAUGACAACGCCGAAAAGUUGGUCCUUCGGAUCCAUUUCAUCAUGGAUAGCGACGGCAGCAGCGACAGUAGCGACGAAGAAGAACAAGUUGACAAGAUGGAAGAUGAUGUGUUUUUGCGCUGCAUCGAAGCCAACAUGCUGUCUGACAUGACAUUACAGGGCAUUGAAUCUAUCAACAAAGUGUACAUGCAUUUGCCACAAACUGAUCAGAAGAAGCGAAUUGUCGUCACAGAGGCCGGCGAGUUUGAGGCAAUCCCCGAAUGGAUCCUCGAAACGGACGGUACGCAGUUGAUGAGAGUGUUGAGCGAACGUGAUGUCGACCCUGUUCGUACCUAUUCAAACGACAUUUGUGAAAUUAUUGCUGUUCUUGGUAUCGAGGCUGCUCGAAAAUCCAUAGAGAAAGAAAUGAAAACUCUUUUACAAUUCUACGGCCUUGACGUCAACCGUCGUCAUCUGGCUCUUCUUUGUGACGUCAUUACUUCCGAGGGUGAUUCGAUGGCCAUCACUCCUCGCGAAAUUAACAGAGAGGACACUGGUGCGUUGAUGAGAUGUACCGUCCGAGAAACGGUAGAUGUGCUACUGGAAGCAGCUGCACAUGCUGAAGUUGACCCUUUACGCGGUGUGUCCGAAAAUAUCAUUUUAGGCCAGCUACCACGUAUGGGCACAGGGUGCUUUGAUGUUAUCGAUGUUGAUCCGGAGCAGAUUAUUAUCAACUAAUCGCAAUUCCUGUACCGAGAGAGUGUCCCACUACUUUCAAAUGUAUUCCCCAUCCCCAACAAACUCGACAACAAGAAGAAAAACGAACGUAGAUUGCGCAACUUGCGACCGAUUCUUUUCGGAAAAUUCUCCCCCCAUCCGCCCUCCCUGUUUCUCUUUAUCUCUCCCUCCUUUUUGAUUGUUAAAGUUUUGUUUUUUGGCAUUUCGCGGAAGGAUCGUCCCUCUUUGAUCUCUCAGCUGUGAGCUAAGGCGGGCAUGGACAAGCCCUCUCUAUCUCCAACCCCCCCCCCCCCCCCCAUUUUGUCGUUCUUCGUUCAUGAACGGGGCCAGUGGCACAAAGUGCGCAGUUUUUUUUUCUCUUUAUUAGAUUUUCCCUCCCCAUCUCCCCCCAAAAGUAAAAAUCUUAACAAAACUACUAGAACUUUAUUAUUCACUUUUUGCACGCAUUUAAAAUAUUUCCGACUAUGAGAAUUCUCUUAAUUCUCCUACACCCCUACUUUAUCUUGUCCCCACAAUAUUUCGUUAUCAAAAGUAAAAUCCACACAACCCUUUAUUUUGCAAGCAACCGACUGGGCAUUUAAAAUUCGUUAAACCAUUUUUCGUUAUUUUUUUGUCCCGGCUUAUUCAUCUCGAGAAUGUGAUAAGUAAUGAUGGGAAAACUGCCGCCCCUAUGUUUCCCUGCCCCUCGUUUAUUUCUCCCGUGUGUUUUCUUUGUUGGUCCAAAAAUAUGCGCAUAUAUGUGAGAGUGUAUGUGUGUGUACGAUUUGAUACAUGAAAAAUCUCCUA